AUGAUAGUUUUCAUCUAUGGCUGUCAUGUUUAUUGGAUCUACUUCAUGCCUACAGAAAAAGUUCAAGCAACAAUAAGUGUUAAAUCAGAAAAUUUCUAUCAAACAUUAGAAGAAUCUAUAGUUAAUUCAGCUACAACAAAUCAAUCGUCUUCUUAUGCAGAAUUAAUUGCUGCUAAUGAACGUUUAAAAGGAAAUAUUUCAAAGAUAUUUACUGAAUUUGUUAAUAAAGCUCGUCUUGAACAAGAAGCUAAUGGUGAUAAGAAAAAACGUAAAAUAAAACAUGAUGAUGAGAAAGAAGAUGAUGAAGAAGACGAAGACGAAGAAGAAGAAAAUGAAGAUGAUGAUGAUGAUGCUGGAUCAUCGGACAAUAAUGAAGAAGAACAAUAA